UUGCAUGAUAUGUCACCUUUAAUGCACACAGUUCAUAGAGCAGCUUUAUUUUGAAAAGCAUAACCGGAAGUGUAGUUCUAAUUAGGUGUUGUGAAAGUUAGUAGCUUGACAUCCUUCCUGAACACAACCACAGCAUUUCCUUAAUUCAGACUGAGUGUAAGCUUCAGUAACUUUCCUCCUCUGCUGUUUGUCUCUUCAUGUAGCAUAAAUGCCGAAACAGUCGCCCAGAGACUCGGGUAACCUUGCUGUCUGCGUUCAUUGCUAGGCGAUGGACAGGGAGCAGAUCCAGGUGAGCGACGAAGAGCCCGAAGUUGUACGAGAAGAGACCCGGAGAAGGAGAAGAAAGAAAGCCAUCAGCUCGUCCUCUUGCUGCUCCAUGGAUCAGAUCAGUGUGGAGUUUGUUUUACCCAGUGUGGUGCGAGGAGGGAGCAGCCAUGACACUCUGCUGCUGGACGUGGCCGGAAACUGGACGGUGGAACAGGUGAAAGCUCAGGUGUGGUUGAAGGCGGUGACUCUGAACCUCUGUCCUGACUUCUACCAGCGCUUAUCUCCUGACCACUGCAUCCUGCUCUACCAGAAGAAGGGCAACUUGUGUGAGAUCUAUGACAAGCACCAGGUCUUCCAGACGCUGGACUGCAUCCGCUACUGGAGGGCACUGAAGAAAGACGUGGGUCGGAUCCAGCUUGUCCCGCGGCCUCAGCCCUCAGACCAGUCCCUGCAUUACCAGCGCUACCUCAACUACCUGAUUGGCUACGACGUGACUGAUGUCAGUAACGUGCAUGAUGAUGAGCUGGAGUUCACCCGCAGGAAGCUGCUUACGCCCCGACGUAUCGAGCUGUCUGACCGAGACCCCAAACUCUACUCCAUGGACCCCUGGGUGACCCGCAAACCGCUGCCUGAGCACAUCCUCAGCAAGGUCGGUAACAGUCACAUCCUGGUGGUGAUCCACAUCAGCACGGUCAGCCAGACCAUCAAAGUCUCCAUCGAUGACACCCCGCCACAGGUGUUGGUGAACUUUUUCACCAAAAUAGCCAAUAAGAGAGUUUUGCUGGGCAUACCCGACAACAUGUGUGAGGAGGACUUUGUUCUACGUGUGUGUGGAAGGGAGGAGUAUCUGUACGGUGACAGGCCACUGCAGAACUUCAACUGGAUCCGUCAGUGUCAGAAGAACGGGGAGGAGAUUCACCUGGUUCUGGAGAAGCCACCUGAUCCUGACUUGGAUCAGGUCCAGAAGGAGGAUUGGGCUCAGGUGGAUGAUUGCACUGGAGUGGCAGGGACCCACGAGCAGCUGACCAUCGAUGAGAAGGACCACGAGCGAGUGUUCACCAUCUCGAUGUGGGACUGUAACAGGAAGUUCAGAGUGAAGGUGCUGGGUAUCGACAUCCCGUCUCUCCCCAAAAUCCCAGAGUUCAUUGUCUUCAUAGAGGCCAGCAUCUUCCACGGCCAGCAGCUUCUCGCUCAGGAGAGGAGCUCCUCUAAAACCUUCAACGAGGAGGUGCUGUGGAACUGCUGGCUGGAGUUUAACAUCAAGAUCAAAGACCUGCCUAAAGGAGCACGUCUCAACCUGCAGGUGGUUUGUGGGAAGCAGCCUCAGACGCCAAACUCCAAGGGAGGCUCGGCCUACCAGGACAACACAGCAGGGACAGGCAGCCAUGAUGGAAAGACAAAGAAUCGUCUCCUCUACUACGUCAACCUCCUCCUGAUCGACCACCGCUCUCUGCUCCGUCAAGGCGAGUUCAUCCUCAACAUGUGGAAGAUGCCGGAGAAAGGCGACGAGAGCAGCAGCAGCAUCAACGCCGACAAGCUCACCUCAGCCACCAACCCGGACAAAGCCUCCAGCAUGGCCAUCGCCAUUUUACUGGACAAGUACUGCUACCCAGUGGUGCUGCCCAAGAGUCGCGAUGUGGGCCGGGACGUGAGCGGUGAGGAGGCUGAGGGUGGAGAGCGGGGUCAGAGAGAGAUGCCCAACCACCUGAAGAAACAGUUUGCAGCUAUCGUGGCUACUGACCCUCUUCACCCACUGAGCCCUGAGGACAAAGAGCUGCUGUGGCACUUCAGACAUGAGUGUAUGCGUGACCCCAGGGCCUAUCCAAAGCUCCUGGGCUCGGUCAGGUGGGGAAAACAGGAGGACGUUCUGGCGACACACCGUCUGUUGGAGCGCAGCAGUGCAUGGGACAGCAGUGGUCUGGAUGUGGGUCUGGCCAUGCAGCUGCUGGACUGUCAUUACUCAGACGCUCAGGUUCGCACCAUGGCUGUCAGGAAGCUGGAGACUCUGGAGGAUGAUGAUGUUCUGAGAUACCUUCUGCAGCUUGUACAGGCGGUGAAGUUUGAGCCGUACCACGACAGCGCUCUGGUCAGGUUCCUGCUGAAGAGAGCUCUGAGGAGUAAACGUAUCGGUCAUUUUCUCUUCUGGUUCCUGCGAAGUGAGAUCGCUCAGUCCAUGCAUUAUCAGCAGAGGUAUGCUGUCCUGCUGGAGGCCUACCUCAGAGGCUGUGGUGAGGACAUGCUGCAGGACUUCAGGAAACAGGUGGAGAUGACUGAGGCUCUGCAGAAAGUCACCCGUGAGAUGAAGGCAACAUCUGCUGACAAGUAUGACAUCACUAUACAAGUGGUGUUUCAGUUGCGCCAGAAGUUGGAGAUUCUGCAGUCAUCGGGUCUGCCAGAGAGUUUCAGAGUCCCGUAUGAUCCAGGACUCAGAGCUGGAGCCCUGCUGAUUGAGCAGUGUAAAGUCAUGGCGUCCAAGAAGAAGCCACUCUGGCUGCAGUUUAAAAGAGCCGACCCCACCACUCUCUCCAAAGACCCCAUCGGCAUCAUCUUCAAAGAUGGAGACGACCUCAGACAGGAUAUGCUCAUCCUGCAGAUUCUGCUCAUCAUGGAGUCAAUCUGGGAGACUGAGUCUUUGGAUCUCUGUUUGUCACCCUACGGCUGCAUCUCCACUGGAAACAGAAUAGGUAUGAUUGAGAUUGUGAAGGAUGCCACCACCAUCGCUAACAUCCAGCAGAGUGUUGUCGGGAGCACUGGAGCUUUCAAAGAUGAAAUCCUCUAUCAGUGGCUGAGGGACAAGUGUGUCAGCGAGGACAAGUUCCAGCAGGCCGUGGAGAGGUUUCUCUACUCCUGUGGUGGAUACUGUGUGGCGACCUAUGUGCUGGGUAUCGGGGAUCGCCACAACGACAACAUCAUGAUCACUGAGUCUGGAAACCUCUUCCACAUCGACUUCGGUCACAUCCUGGGGAACUACAAGAGUUUCAUGGGCAUCAGUAAGGAGUGGGUUCCCUUUGUGCUCACACCAGACUUCCUGUACGUCAUGGGAACGUCAGGAAAGAAAAGUAGCCCCCACUUCCAGAAAUUCCAGGAUGUGUGUGUGAAAGCUUACCUGGCUCUGAGGCACCACACCAACCUGCUCAUCAUCCUCUUCUCUAUGAUGCUGAUGACUGGCAUGCCCCAGCUGACCAGUAAGGAGGACAUCGAGUACAUCCGUGAGGCGCUGACUGUCGGCCGCAGCGAGGACGAGGCACAGCGCCACCUGCUGGACCAGAUCGAGAUCUGCAGGGAGAAAGGCUGGAUGGUUCAGAUCAACUGGUUUGUUCACUUGGUGCUGGGGAUCAAACAGGGUGUGGAGAAACGGUCCACUUAAGACCAACUGUGCUCCUCCAUCCUCACAUUUUCUUCUUUUGUGCUCUUCCUGCUUUAAAUUGUAAACCAGAGACUUUCAAGAAGGUUCCAACAAAAUUCAUGAAAGAAAUAAGUGCCCAAGAUAAAACUCUGAAAAUACUGAUUCUGUGUUUUAGGCCAGAGGAAUUGAAAAGUAAACUUUGUGGGACACUUAUCACAUCAAAACAUGUCAUUUCAAAAGAGUACUGAGUUUGAAAGAGUGCCUGAUGAGGACAAAGUGUUCAUGUUUUUUGGCAAUCAUGUUUUUUUAUUCAGGUUUCCAUUUCCAUUGCAAUGCUAAGACCAAGUCAAACAUACCAAGCUAAAAAAAAAUUGAAUUUCCAUUUCUUUUUUAACAUUUUUACAGAUGCAAUCUUAUUUUCAGCUUCUUAACCAGUUAAACAGUUCAUGAUGAGUAGGAGACCGAGUGAGAAACAUGUUUCUAAAGAUAGAUAUGGAUCAGUACACCCCCUCUUCAUUCUUACAUUAAGUUAUAAUUUCCUUCUUUUUUUAACCUGCCUCACUCAAGUCAUUUCCUGCUGAGGAAACACAUUUCCCCCACACUUCCUGCUCAUGUGUGAGUUUAAAAAUAGGGUACAGAUAAUGCUGUUUUUUGGGGAAAUGUUUGCCUUUAUUGGAUAGAAGAGCUGAGAAGAGACAGGAAACAUGGGGAGUAGAGAGUGGGGGAAAGACAUGCAGCAAAUGAUCGCUGCAAUGAGGACUAUAGCCUCUGUUCAUGGGGCAACACUGGUUGUUAAACUCACGAUGAAGUUAAGCUGCACUGUCUCUGUCACAGGACGAGCUGUUGGACUGAAAGUCAAACAAUCAGCCUGUUAAACAGAAAAUAUGAAAUAUUUAAACUAAUUAUUUUAAUUUUAUAAUUUACAAGAAGUAUUGAAGUAGCUGUUUUCUCCUUGCCUGAGGGUUUAAUUGUUGAAGUAGAGUUGUGUUUACCAUGAGAGUUUUAUUCUUUAUUUCAACAAUGGUCUUUUUAUUCGCACCUAUAUUUUCUACACAACCAAAAAUACAGAGCUUAUGAAGUUUAAAGUUUAUAAAUGAAAGCCAAAGAUUAUCAUGCACAUGCUGGUCAGUGCUGCUGUGUUUCUAAUGGGAUGUUCAAACAUAUAUUAUGACAACAAGGCUGUGUUGAACACCUGAUCUUCUAGCCUCAAUCACAGUGCUCUGUUAGUUCUCGACAGGAAGAAAUAAUAAAUCAUGGUCUGUUAUCUCUCAAAUUGGUAUCCUGCUCUCCCUUUGGAGUUCAAACCUGCUUUAGCAACCUGCUCACUGUACAUCAUCCCUUACUGGAUGUAUGGUCUGUCAGGUUAUGAAACAAAGGAGGAUCAGAGUUAUUAAAGUUUGUUUUAAAGUCAGAAGUCAAGCUAAUAUAUGCACAAAAUGAUCAGUGUUUUUUAAAAAGCUUUUAUUAAGAUUUAUAAGACAGAUGUUGACGUUGUUGAAGUCCUUUUUUGACUGUAAGAAUGAUUUUAUGAAAUAAUCAUGGAGCUUAAAUAACUUGAACAUGUUGGCUUUUCUAUGUAAUGAUAUCAGACAAUCAAAUUAUAUAAUAUAAAUACAAGCAAUAAUAAAGUG